GAAAACAAUUGUGGAAAAAAUGACUUUUAAUUUAAAAAAUAAAGAUAAAGAAUUUGCUUCGACUGAAUUAUUUGUUGUAAAACCCCGAAUAUAUAAUGGGAAGAAUGGAGAAGUAAAAAUUUACCAUGCAAUAUGGCCUGAAAAAGAAAGAUGUGUUGCGAUUAAAUUUUUAAUUAAAAAUAGUGAUGAAACGAAAGAUGCUGUAAGAAAAGAAAUUGCUGUUCUCGAACAUUUUUAUGGCCCUGGUGAAAACAAAAAGAUUAAUGGACCUAUUCGCAUUGUAGAAUAUUUUGGACAGUAA